AGAGGAGGAUGAGGAGGAAAAGGAGGAGCUGGAGGGGGAUGGGAACCCCCCAGAGACCCCCCCAGAGACCCCCCCGGAGCCGGCACCGAGAGCCCGAGUGGGGCUGGUGUAUGACCCACGGAUGGAGGAGCACAGGAACACCUGGGACAGCCACCACCCCGAGUGCCCGCAGCGCCUGGCGCGGAUCCUGCAGCGCCUGCAGGAGCUGGGGCUGGCCCAGCGCUGUCUCCGCCUGCCCGCGCCCCCCGCCAGCCCCCGGCAGCUCCGGGCCUGCCACACCCGUGCCCACGUGCGGGCGCUGUCGCGGGUCCCCGCGCUGUCCCCGCGGGAGCUGCGGGCGCUGUCGCAGCGCUAUAACAGCGUGUACCUGUGCCCCAAAUCCUACAGCGCCGCUCGCAGGGCCGCGGGGGGAGCGUGCGCGGCUGCGGGGGCCGUCAUCGGGGGACAGGUGCGCUCUGCCCUGGCCGUUGUUCGCCCCCCAGGCCACCACGCCCGCCCGGGCUCUGCCGGGGGUUUUUGUCUCUUCAACAACGUGGGGGUGGCUGUGCGCCACGCCCAGAGCCUGGCGGGGACCCCCCUCAGGGUGCUGAUCCUGGACUGGGACGUUCACCACGGCAACGGCACCCAGGAGAUCUUCGAGGAGGACCCCAGUGUCCUGUACGUGUCCCUGCACCGCCACGACGGCUCCUUCUUCCCGGGGGGGGCCGGGGGGUCCCCGCGGCGCCGGGGGAGGGGUCCCGGCCAGGGCUUCACCCUGAACGUGGGGUGGGGGGCGCCCCGAGUGGGGGACCCCGAGUACCUGGCGGCGCUGAGCCGGCUCGUGCUGCCCGUGGCCUGCCAGUUCGGGCCGGAGCUGGUGCUGGUCUCGGCCGGGUUCGAUGCGGGCCGGGGGGACCCCCUGGGGGGGUGCCAGGUGUCCCCCCAGACCUUCGGGCUCAUCACCCACCUGCUGGGGGCGCUGGCGGGGGGGCGGCUCGUGCUCGUGCUCGAGGGCGGGUACAACCUGGCAGUGACAGCAGAGGGGGUGGGGCAGUGCCUGGGGGUCCUGCUGGGAGACCCCCCCUCGCUGCCCCCCCCCGGGACCCCCCAGCCGGGGGCGCUGCGAGCCCUGGGCCGAACCCUGAGGGCACAGAGGGGCUGCUGGAGCUGCCUGCGCCUGCCCCGCGUUGAGCCCCCCCAGAAUUCCCCCAAGGAGGGGGAGGGCGGCGAUGACGUCACACCCGCCGCCGAUGACGUCACGGCCCCGCCCCCUCUGGACGAUGCCAUUCGCCGCUUGGGGGCGCUGCAGCUCGGGGAGGCCUCGGGGGGCGGGGUCAAAGCGGAUCAGGGGGCGGAGCCUCCGCCAAGCCCCGCCCCCUCGGCAGCGGCCGCGAGCGCCCCCUGCUGGGAGGAGGAGGAGGAGCUGGAGGAGGGGGCGCUGUUCGCCGUGACCCCGCUCCGGGACUGUCCCCACCUGGGGGCCGUGUCCCCUCCCCCCGCGGGGGGGGCGCUGGGGGAGCCCCUCCCCCCCCCCUGCGGCACCUGCGGGAGCCGCCGCGAGAACUGGCUGUGCCUCACCUGCCACCAGGUUCAGUGUGGCCGCUAUGUCGGGGGGCACAUGGUGCAGCACGGGGAGAGCUCGGGACACCCCCUGGUGCUGAGCCUGCGAGACCUGGCGGCCUGGUGCUACCCCUGCGGGGGGUACGUGUCACACCCGGUGCUGCUCCCCACCAAGACCUUCAUCUACCGCCUCAAAUUCGGCACUGACCCCCCCACCUCGUCCUUCUGAGCCCCUCCCCCAGCCCCGGACACCCCCCCCUCCCCUCCCCCCACUCUUAAAGGGCUACACACGUGCCAUUCCCCCCCCCACCAUCACCAGCACCCCGGGACCCCCAAACCCCCCCUGGGCCAAAGGCUGGGCCGGACCCAGGGGUGGGGGAGGGGCAGAGAGGGGCGGGGGGCACCUCCCCUCCCCCACAUCACCGCGGGGGGGGGUCCCGGGCACGCGGGGGGACCCCAAGUUUUGUAUCCCCCUCCCCUUUUUGGGAUGGUUUUGUACAAUCCCCGUUUGUUACGCCGAGACACCAAUAAACAACACUGGGCGAGG